CUGACGUUGCUAGACCGUAGUCUGGAUUAGCUGGCCACGAAAUAUUUGAGAAAAAAUCGUCAAAUAUCACAAUUAUACGGUUGAAAACAAACAAUUAUACGGUGAUGUAAACAAACUCGAACUGUAAACACGGAGCGGGCAAUAUUUCCAACUACUAUUUUUAUAGUUUUGUAAUCGGGUUUAGCAAAGCAGUUAGCUAGCUUCAUGGCUGCCGUUAGCCUAGUUAGCUAACCUUUGUCAAAUUGUAAUGGCAAGUGCUACUAGUAGCGAGGCUACUAAUUCGAUAGCUAACUAGCUAACGUGACCUCGUGGUGAACAUUUCAUUUCAGGGGAAGAACGUGGACGAUUUCAGAAAUUCAUUUUCCGCUACAGCAUUUAGCUAGCUGCUUCAACAAUUCCUGAAGGAUUCAAGAUGGAUGAGGACUUGGGUGGCCCUUCCCCAUCCUGCUCCACUGAACCCCAACCAACACUGUCACUAGGUCCUGGUGGUAACCAUGGUGACCAGGGGCAGGAGAUUGACUACCCUGGGGGCCUUGACAGCUUCAGUGAAACACCUAGAUUUAACAUCGUAGUCAAAGAGGAGGAAGAAGAUUUAGAGGAGUGGAGUUUUAAUUAUACAGGAGAGAGUCCGAACCCCAGCUCUAGUGAUGAGGCAUCAGGAGUACCUGAACAACACCAGGAGAAUCACACAGCUAAGAAGUCGUCUUACUGCUGCUCAGAGUGUGGGAAAGAGUUUCCUCACCCCUCAAAACUACGGAGACAUCUGAGAACGCACACUGGAGAGAAACCGUAUCCUUGCUCUGUGUGCGGGAAGAGAUUCAGUGAUACAGGGGCCCUCAAAACACACGAGAGGUUGCACACAGGGGAGAAACCAUAUGCCUGCCCAGAAAAGGACUGUGGGAAGAGGUUUGUCAGCCAAGGAGAGUUAAAACUACACCAUCAGACACACACCGGAGUGAAAACUUGCCACUGCUCUGUGUGUGGGAAGAGUUUCUCACGUAUGUGGCACUUGAAGGUCCACAUGAUGACGCACGCCGGAGAGAAGCAGAGACUCAGCAUGAAGAAACCUUUCCCAUGCUCUGAGUGUGACAGGGGCUGCAACUCGGCAGCAGAGCUCAAGAUGCACCAGAGGAUGCACACUGGGGAGAGACCUUACCAGUGCUCCACCUGCAAAAAGACCUUCGUUUUCCCAAGCUCUCUAACAAGACAUGAACAAUCCCAUAUUAGCGAAGAGAAUAGCACCGCCAAGCCGUACAGCUGCUCAGAAUGUGGGAAGGAAUUCACUCAGCCCUGGACCUUAAAGAUACACAUGCGCCAGCACACCGGAGAGAGACCGUACCACUGCUCUCAGUGCGAGAAGAUGUUCUCAUCUUCAUCACUCCUUAAAAGACACCAGAGGGUUCACACUGGAGAGAAACCAUUCCAGUGCUCCGACUGCGGGAAGAGUUUCUCCUCGUCAGCGAAUAGAACUAGUCACCGUCGUCGUAUCCAUGAAGGUAUACAGGGUGGGUCACAGCAGCAAGAGGCUACCUCUGUGGAUGGUACCACCAAUAGGGCUUGUGUUGACCAAAACGAGCAGGUUGAACCCACAGCUGUAGAGGAGUCUGGGCUCAGUCUGGUACUGGAUGUCAAAGUCAAAGAAGAGGAAGAAGAUCCUGCUUUUGCAGAGAGACCUCAACAUUGCUCUGACAGUGAGAAGAGUCCCACUACAUCAGUAGAACCUGACCAACACCAGGAGAACAAAGCUCUGGGCCCUCACAUCUGUUCAACGUGUGGAAAAGAACUCUCCAGCUCCUAUAAACUAAUGCUACACCAGAGAACACACACAGGAGAGAAGCCUUACGAGUGUAUGGUGUGUGGGAAGGGCUUCUCCCAAGCCGCAAACCUCAAGACGCACCAGAAAGUGCACAGUGGAGAGAAACCGUACCCCUGCUCUGACUGCGGGAGCAGGUUUACUCACAUGGGAGACCUGAAGAGACACCAGUUGUUGCACUCAGGGGAGAAACCUCAUAGCUGCCCCGAGUGCGGUAAGAGUUUCUCUCAGUUGGCGCACCUGAAAUCUCACCAGCAGACACACACAGGGGUGAAACCUUUCCUCUGCGCUCACUGUGAGAAGACUUUCUCCACCGCGGCCAAGCUGAAGAACCACGAGAGAGUGCACACCGGAGAGAGACCUUACCGCUGUUCCUACUGCCCCAAGCGCUUCGCACUAUCUGGGACACUUGUGAAGCAUGAACGACUUCAUACCGGAGAAACACCGUACCAAUGUGGGGAAUGCGGUAAGGGAUUUGCUCAACUGGUGUCCUUGAAGAUACACGCCCAAUCACACACUGGAGUGAACUUCUACACCUGUUCCCAAUGUGACCAGAGCUUCUCCACUUCAACCAAGCUGAAGGAACACCAGAGAAUCCACACUGGGGAGAACCUAUACCAAUGCACCGAGUGUGGGAAGAGUUUCACCAUUGAGUCAAAGCUGCUGAAACACCAGAGAGUUCACACUGGAGAGAAACCGUACCAGUGCUCCGGGUGUGGAAUGAGGUUCUCGCUCUCUGAGAACCUACUGAGACACCAGCGUAACUCUUCAGGGAUCUGUAGUGUUGUGAGCCUUCAUCAGGCUACUGGGAGUGGGAUGCUACAACUACAAGAUGCUGCUGCCUUCCAGAAUAUCCUCCUCAAUGCUGAGCCCAAACCCACAGAGUCCCUGCCUUCUGAUCAGAGCCAUGGUGAAGCCUCCACUCAAACUGCUGGGAUGACUGUUAAGGAGGAGGAGGAGGAUCGAACACUUGGACUGAAGAUUAAAACUGAAGAACUAGAAGAAGAAGAAGAAGAAGAGGAUGAUGAAGAAGAAGAAGAAGAUGAAGAGGAUGAAGAAGAAGAAGAUGAUGAAGAUGAUGAUGAAGAAGAAGAAGAAGAUGAAGAGGAGGAAGUUGUUGGGCUGAUUAAUUCUGAUGGAGAAGAAAUGGACUGGGAUCCUUCUCUUCUUGGAUAUAAUCCCAGUCAGAGUUCUGACAGUGAAGAGCGUCCCUCUACAUCAGGAGAACUUGAACAACACCAGGAGAAUCACACAGCUACUAAGAGCUCUCACUACUGUUCAGUGUGUGGAAAAGACUGCCAAAAGUUAUCGGCGCUACAAAAACACAUAAGAAUUCACACAGGAGAGAAGCCUUACCCCUGUACGUUGUGUGGAAAGCAAUUCCGUGAGAAGGGACACCUGAAAGCACAUCUGAAAACGCACACUGGAGAGAAGCCUUACCCCUGCCCCACCUGUGGGAUGAAGUUCGCCCAUUUGGGAGCCAUGAAAAUACACCUGCUGACACACACUGGAGAGAAACCUUACCCCUGCUCUGUGUGUGGGAAGCGUUUUACCCAAUCGUCACGUUUGAAGCAACAUUUCCGGACGCACACAGGUGAGAAACCUUACCCUUGCUCUGUAUGCGGGAAGAGUUUUGCAAGACCUGCAGACCUUAAAGUACACCACAGAGAGCACACAGGAGAGAAACCUUACAGCUGCGCUGAAUGUGGCCAGAGCUUCACCAGUUCCCACAACCUAUGGAAACAUCAGAAGACACAUCUACCGCCUGGACUACUCCCACCUGUUGAGUUUGACAACCACAACCAAACACCUGAGAUGAACGCUACAAAUGAAGCACUGAAGGAGGAGGAAGAUGAGGUAUUUGGUGUUCUGAUCAAUUCUGACGGAGAAGAAGUUGGAUUGGACUUCGAUCCUCCGGGUUCUGAGGAAGAAGAGAGUCCGUCAACAUCAAGAGAACCUGAACAACAACACCAGGUGAACCACACUACAACUCUGAGGUACAGCUGCUCUGUGUGUGGGAAGCAGUUCAAUCGCAAAGGCCAUCUGCGAAGACACGAGAGUGUACAUUCAGUUGAAAAACCAUACGGUUGCUCAGACUGCGACAAGAUGUUUGGUUCCAACAUAGCCCUGAAUAGACACAAGAAGUUACACAGAGAAGAGAAACCUCACAUUUGCACUGUGUGUGGGAAAGGUUUUGUUCAACUGUCACGUUUGAAGGAACACUUCCCGACGCACUCAGGAGAGAAACCGCACUCCUGCUCUGUGUGUGGGAAGCGCUUCACUACUGCGUCGUACCUCAAAACCCACAGCAAAGUCCACCUGGGGGAGAGUCCUUAUACCUGUAACAUAUGUGGGAGACCUUGCCAGAAGUUGUCGGCAUUCAAGUUACACAUGAGGAUCCACACAGGAGAGAAGCCCUUCAGUUGCUCUGUGUGCGAGAAGCAGUUCACUCAGAAAAGACAUCUGCAAGACCACCAGAAAGUACACACUGGAGAGAAACCAUACCCCUGUCCCGAAUGUGACAAGCGGUUCAGCUUCUCCUCAGCCUUGAAAAGACACCAGCAGUUACACACAGGAGAGAAACCCCACUGCUGCUUUGUGUGUGGGAAUGGUUUCUCUCAAGCAGGGCGCCUGAAAGAACACCUCCGGACGCACUCGGGAGAGAGACCUUUCCCCUGCUCAGUCUGCAAGAGAAGAGCUUCAGAAGAGCUUCUGAACUGA